AUGAAGUUCACAACCCCCAAGUUCGAGAGACCUCAUCUCAAGGUUGAACAGCCCAAGUCCUCGUUUGCCGAAGGCAAUUCACGAUGGACAAACAAGGAUCUCGACCCUGUCCCACCGGCACGUCGUAAGUGGGGGGUGGUCUCCUUUAUUGCCUACUGGAUCUCGGAUGCUUUCAACGCCGCGACAUGGCAAUUUGCUUCAGCAAUGCUCGCUGUGGGCCUAUCGUGGCGUGAGUCCUUGGGUAUUGUGGCAUUGAGUUUCUUCAUCAUAUCUUGGGUUAUCGCAUUUAACGGUGCCAUUGGAGUGCUACACCAUGUUCCGUUCCCGGUCAUAGCUCGAGCAAGCUGGGGUUUCUGGGGCUCAUACGUUGCGAUCAUCUCCAGAGCCAUUCUCGCCAUCUUCUGGUUCGCCAUACAAACCAUGAACGGUGCCAACACAGUCCGUGUCAUGAUUGGAGCGAUAUGGCCGUCGUUCUUGCGACUGAAGAAUCACAUUCCGGAAUCCCAAGGUAUCGAUACUGCGACGAUGAUAUCCUUCUUCAUCUUCUGGCUCAUUCAGAUCCCGUUCGUAGUCAUGCACCCCAAUCAACUGCGCUUCCUGUUCAUGGCCAAGACAAUCAUUGUCCCUGCGGCUUGGGUGGCGAUCCUGAUAUGGGCGUUUGCGUCGACAGACGGGGGUGAUAUCUUCAAGCAGCGAGCAACCGUGUCUGGGUCGGCUUAUAGUUGGGCCUUUCUCUCCUCAAUGACCUCCACCAUCGGAAACUAUGCGACAUUGUCAGUCAACCAGGCCGACUUUUCCAGAUACUCACGUGUGUCGGUGAAGUGGCAGUGCAUGUAUGUGCCGAUGCUACCGGCCUUUUUCACCUUCAUCGCAUUCAUCGGUAUCGCCUCCAGCAGCGCGGGUGGCUACCAUUAUGGCAUUGUCGAAUGGGACCCAAUGGCACUGGUAGGGCACUGGGACAAUCGAGCAGCUCGAUUCUUUGCUGCCUUCUCCUUUGCGUUAGCCGCGCUGGGUGUCAAUAUCUCAGCGAAUAGUUUGUCCGCUGCCAAUGACCUCAUGGCUCUUGCUCCAAGAUACAUCAACAUGCGCCGAGGUCAACUCAUUACUGCUUUCAUCUGCUGGGCGCUCGUUCCCUGGAAGAUCCUAGAGUCGGCGGGCAGUUUCCUGAAUUUCAUGUCAGCGUACGCCAUAUUUCUUGGACCGAUCGCGGCCAUCAUGCUCUUCGAUUUCUGGGUCAUUCACAAGCGCAAGUACGACACGAUCGCGCUGUACAAUCCACAUGGGAUCUAUCGGUAUACGUAUGGUGUCAACUGGCGUGCCAUUGUAGCAUUCCUGGUCGGCGUUGCACCUUCACUUCCGGGCUUUGUCAACGGCAUCAACAACAACAUCGACGUUGGGAGUGGUGUUCAUCCAUACCAGUUCGGUUGGCUGCUUGGGUUCGUCGGCACGGCCAUCGUGUACACGAUACUGUCGCUUGUGUUCCCGGCCAGAGAGACCUUCAUUGAGCGUGCUCUGCGUCCUGACGAGGUGUUUGCACAGCAGGGUGAGAUCGUAGAGGAGGAACACGGUGCCGUUCAAGUUGACCAGAUCGACUCUGAAAAGGGUGGCAUCAGACGUCGGCUAGAGAAAUUUCUAUAG